UUUGAUUCCAAUAUUUUAUUCAGACUAGUUUAUGUUAUAAACCAUUUAACACCAACUCUCUUCUCCCAUCCUCUCUUUGGUUAAAAUAUGGCGUCCAUGUUGAGCUCACAAGGAAUGGUAUUAGCAACAGCUAUGGCAGUCUCUGGCACUGUAAUUCUCCUUGCUUUUCGCCUACAGAAAUCUUUAGAUCAAAUCUCCCAGCCUUCUCAACAAGUCCUGCGUUCCUGCAUAUCUUCUGAAGGGAAGAAGAAGAAUAAGAAGAAAGUGCGGUUUGCUGAGGAUGUAAUGGAUCCAAGGAGUGAUGGCGCGGAGUUCAGGAAACAGCUGAAGAAUCGUGUCAGGAUCAACAAUUCAGCAACGUCGGCUUUGAAUUCAACGCUAAAGUUCAAGAAAUUUGACGGAGGUAGAGAUUUAGGAAUCCCUGCUAAUAGAGUUGCUCUAUACAAUGGAAUUCUCAGGGAUCGUGUUGUUCAACGAUUAGCUUACUCUUACUGACCAAAAAAUAGGCGGGGCAGACAAAAAAAGAGUAAAAUCAACACAGAUUUGAUUUUUAUUAUUGUACAAUCAAAUCAGUGUUUAUUUUUCACUACACUUUGUGUCUCUAGUUUGUAAUUUUGUAGAUAGUCAAGCUUUUUCUUGUGUAGUUUUUUCGAA